UCGACAUCGACAUCGACAUCGACAUCGAAAGAGCCACGGCCAGCGGUAUGAUGCCGCCGCCCUUGGAUAUGGAUACCGCCUCGUCAGCAGCGCCUGAAGGAUCGACGCCGCGUUCGUUAACAGAUGCUCCGGUCCCACACUCGAUCCCAGCCCCAGAUCGCAUCGACCUCCACACCACAACCUAUCCAUAUCCGCACCCUGAUCCGAGCCCACUAUGGAGCAAACUCCCUUCCAGCUCAUCCGAAAGUACCCCAAAACCCAGGGCGACUAUGCCAUGAGUCUGACUGCCAGCGUCGACCAGACCCUUAUCGCCAGCGGCUGGUCGUCGAAUCUUGUCACGGUCUAUGAUCGCUCGUCGCUCAGCGAGAUCUUUGAGUUCCAGACAGCGCCCUCGACCGAUGCACCCCUGAGCGAAAUCAAGUUUGAUACCACAAACAGCUCGCUGCUUUGGAUUGGAUCCAAGGGCGGGCUCAUUCAACUCUGGGACCUGCGCUCGCGGGCUGCGCCGGCCUUGACGCUGCAAGCCGGAGCACCAGUCCUGUCCUUCGAUAUCAACGCCAGUCAUACACUCCUAUCUGCGGGCACGGAGCUGCAGAGCUACGAAGGCUUGGAAGAAGACGAACCCGUCGGCGAUGCGGCCAAGCUCUGUUUCUGGGACGUUCGAACGCAGAAUGCCUUGGUCGCAUUCAACGAAGUCCACUCAGACGAUAUCACACAAGUGCGCUUCCAUCCCACCCACGGCGAGGCCCUCAUGACAGGCUCGACAGAUGGCCUCAUCAAUCUCUACAACCUUGCCACGUUGGUAGAAGACGACUCGCUUUACCAAACAUUGAAAGUCGACUCGGUCAGCAAGCUUGGCUACUUUGGGCCGAGCUACGAGUACCUCUACUGCUCCACCCACAUCGAAACAUUCUCUCUGUGGAACUUCCAGGAGGCGGAGGUCAUUUCGAGCUACGGUGAUAUUCGGUCGCUUUCGACGCCGCUUCACAAGAUCGACUACAUCAUCGACUGUCACUACGACCAUGAAAGUCAGCGCCUGUUCAUGUUCACCGGCUCGCAAGAAGGAAGCAUUGGCAUCUCGGACGUCAGCUUGCAAUCUGCAUCGAUUGUGCACACGCUCAACAACGGCCACUCGGAUAUUGUCCGCGAUGUGCUGUGGAACAAGAAUACGCGCACCAUCGUAUCUGGCGGCGAAGACGCCACAGUUUGUUUCUGGAGCAACUAGACCCAGUCCCCUUGCAUUUGACGAAAAUCCACGCCGACCAGGCUCCGAAGCGCAUUUGACUUUCCGCCCAUCCGUGUUUGGUCGUCAGUGCGCCAGCCGCGACGCAACUGUUGCUG